UAGAUACUACAACAAAUGGUAUUGCAACAAAUCAAAAUGCUGCUGCUGGGCAUUGUGACACUGUGCCGGCGAGCGCUCUGCUGUUUCUCGCGGCGCCGCAAGCUCAGCCACGGCGGCAACGAUCAGCUGCAAGCGGUGACAAUUGGCGACUUUCCAGCAGCAACAGCAAAAUCGACGGCACAUGGCAAGGAGCGCGACUGGAACAGCUGGGACGACAGUCCGCGCACCGUCGAGGAGCACAUCGAACAGUAUCGCCAGCGCAUGGCCCAGCCACCCACGCCGCCCAAAGAGGAGCCCGAACCGGACUUCUUUAGUGAACUGACGCCGGACAUUAAGCCGCAAUUGAAAUACUAUCUCGGCGAUGCGACAGCGGCAGCGUCACCAGCGCCAGCGCCAACUGAUUUCUCAAGACUGAAAGCGACCGACAUGGUGCCCAUUAGCUCAAAUGCUGAUCUCGAGGAUUGGGUGGACGACAAUGCCGGCGGCUGGGAGGAGCUGGACACAUCGCAAACGAAACACAUUAUGCGAGAGAAGCGUCGCGAGAUGCGACAUCAGCGACCAGCGCCAAUUAAAGCUCAGGCGCCCAGCAUUGGCGCCCAGCGGAUUAGCGAUGUGCAGCGGAUGGCGUAGUAAAUAAUGAAACAAACACACACAGACACAAACACACAGACACACACACACAGACACACGCUCGAUGCACUUUUGCCUCACUGUGCCUCUACGUUUCAUUCCACUUGUAAUUUUUAAUAUUAAAAAAAAAACAAAUCAAAACAAAACAAAUGAAAAAAGUUUGUUAACAAUUUGGCCUUAGUUUAAUGACGCCCCGCCGCCACGUCCUGAUUGAGUUUUUCACCAUGGUUGGCCACACACAUACAUGCAUAU